AUGGCUAGUGGAGGUUUGAUCCCGGGAAGCUUACUCGUAUUUAAUGGAAAGGGCUAUGAUGAUUGGUGUGUAAAGAUGGACGUUAUUCUUGGAUUUCAAGAAAUUGAUGAGGUUGUGAAAGUGGGUUUCAAAGAACCACCCAAGAAUGCUGAUGAAGAAGUCAAGAAAACAUACAAAGAGAUGAAGAAGUUGGACUGCAAGGCUCGUGUAUUGCUGCAUCAAUGUGUUGUUGCCCCUAUCUUUCAGAAAAUCUCAAAAGUUGUUACAACAAAAGAGGUUUGGGAGAUCUUACAAAAUGGGUAUGGAAAUUCUGGGAAAAUGAAGAAGGUGAAACUGCAAUCCUUGAGAAGGCAAUAUGAACUUCUCUCUAUGACAGAAAAGGAGACUGUGGCAGAGUAUUUUGACAGAUUGCAGGUGAUCACCAAUGCCAUGAGAGCGUGUGAUGAGAACAUAGAAGACAACAGAAUUGUAGAAAAAGUUUUGAGGACUUUAACUCCACGGUUUGACCACGUUGUGGUGGCCAUAGAAGAGUCAAGGGAUAUUGAUGUUAUGACAAUAAAAGAACUGCAAAACUCUCUAGAAGCACAUGAACAGAGAGUGAAUGAAAGGAAGAAUGGUGAGAAGGUGACUAAACAGGCUCUACAGGCCAAGGUGAGUUAUGGAGUUAGAGGCAGAGGUGGAAGUGGAUGGAGAGGCAGAGGUAGAGGAAGGUCUAGAGGCAGAUCUAGAGGCAGAAGUGGUGGCAGAAAUAGUGAAACAAAGACCCAAGAAAAAUCUAAGAACAAUGGGUCUAAAGGUAGAGGCGAAUAUCAAAACAGAGAAAGAGGAAAAGGUGGCAGGAGACCAUAUGAUAAAAGAAGAGUUCAGUGCUACAAUUGUGAAAAAUACGGACACUAUUCUUAUGAGUGUUGGCAGGAGGAUAGAUCAAAGAAGGGGCAAAAAGGAGAAGAAGCAAAUAUGGCACAAGAGGAAGGAAAUGGGUCUGAUUCAGACCAAGUACUACUGAUGGCGACAACAGGCAUUGAAGAGGAUAGCAUGUCUUGGUACUUGGAUAUAGGGUGCUCUAAUCAUAUGACUGGAAACAAGAAUUGGUUGAUUGAUCUUAAUCCAUGUAUGAGAAAUAGUGUUAAAUUUGCAAAUAAUAGCUCCAUUGUGGCAUAA